CCUUCUCCUGGUGAAGCCGUGCUGGCUGUCUCGGAUCACACGCUCAUUUCUCAUGUGUUCAUGCCUGUCAUCCAGAAUGAUCUGUUCCAUGAUCUUCCCAGGCACAGAGGUAAGACUCACCGGCCUGUAGUCCCUGGGGUCCUCCUUACUCCUGAUUGCCUUACAAAUCCUGUGUUGUCUUCCCAGCAGUUGCCCAGGCUUAUGCUAGUUCUCUGUAGGAAGCCUCUUCCCAUUUCCCAUCUUUAUCUGGUGCUCAUUUACAGCUGUCACCACCACCACCGCCACAUUCACACCUUUAAUUCUCCCUGUGACCCAGAGGCUCACCAGGCAUGUCUCUGGUUUUGUGCUGGAUUCCAUGUGGUCAAGGAGCAUCUCUAUGUAGUAUAUGCCUUACUUUCCCCUCCCCUGCCUUUUUCCCUUGCCUGUCCCUUGUAUCUUCUCCAUUGUAACACUGCAAUCAUACAUGUCCUAGCCAGCACCUUCUUUCGUACUCCCUGUGGCUGGUGGUGAGUUUCCAGUUGUUGCCCAAGUUCCGCACACUCAUGUGUGGAAGCAGAGAUGGAAGUCUUCCUUCUGUCCUCCUCCUUUAGUCUUCAGUUUCCUGCAGUUCCUCUCAGCCUCCCUCAUGAGAGUGGCAAGGUUGGUUGCAAAUAUUUUCUUCCCUUAGUGCCAGAAUAAACAAUUUAUAGUGCAUUUACACUGAAACUAAGAAGCUGGAACCAUGGCAGAUGGGAUUUUUGGGUCAGUUUUUUGAGAAAUGCAGUGGGGAAAAGCCUCCUGGGUAUUUUUGGAGCAGAGUUUGUUAUGUUUGCAGUGAGUUUACAUGAUACAGACAGCUAGCUGUGACUAUCAUCCUUUCCCUGCCAGUCAUAUGUUUCCUUAUGUUCAGUAAAACAUUGGCUAGGCAACUGUUUUGUACCUUUGUUUAAUGUUCAAUCUUGAAGCAGUGCAGUCAUUUACUGAAAUCUAGUUCAGAAUUUGAAAUGCUUACUACCAUUCUGUGCUUUUGUGUGUGUUUUUUGUUUUUGGUUGGUUGGUUGGUUGGUUUUUUGAAGGCACAUUCCCAGGCCUGUGAAUUUGGGAUAUAAAUGAGAAAUGAUGGGUCAAGCUGUCCCAUUUUGUGGCCUCUUUCAGGAAACGGUCCCUUUCCAGGAGUUAUUGACUUGUAUGGCACUGGAGGAGGACUCCCCGAAUACAGGGCAUGCCUGCUGGCCAACUAUGGCUUUGCUGUGCUGGCACUGGCUUUCUAUGGUUAUGAAGAUCUCCCCAAAGAGAUGAAGGAGAUCAACCUGGAAUAUUUUGAAGAAGCUGUUAACUAUAUGUUACAACACAAGCAGGUUAAAGGUCCCGGGAUUGGGUUGCUCGGUUUCUCCAAGGGGGGUGAUUUAUGCAUUUCAAUGGCCUCCUUCCUGAAGGGCAUCACGGCCACCGCUGUGAUCAAUGGCUCGGUGGCAAACGUGGGCGCAGUGGUCCGCUACAAGGACGUCACCAUCCCGCCCCUCGGUGCCAACACAAAACGUAUCAAGGUCAACAAGUCUGGGAUCGGUGAUAUCAUCGAUGCACUUAACAAUCCCUUAGAAGGGCCUGACCGCCAAAGCUUUAUCCCUUUGGAGAAAGCUACGUGUCGCUUCUUGUUUGUCGUUGGCCAGGAUGAUCACAACUGGAAAAGCGAAUUCUUUGCAAUUGAGGGGAGCAAACGUUUGCAAGCUCAUGGGAAGGAAAAGCCUGAGAUAAUCUGUUAUCCUGGAGCAGGACAUUAUAUUGAACCCCCUUUUUUCCCAAUGUGUGCUGCCUCAAUGCACCUGCUGGUUGGCAUGCCUGUGAUGUGGGGUGGGGAGCCCAAGGCGCACUGUGAGGCACAGAUAGACUCCUGGCAGCAGAUCCAGGCUUUCUUCCACAGACAUCUUAAUGGUGAGCCUUUCAGGACAGCCAAUAAGUUAUGAUGUGAUUUGGGUUACUGUACAGAGGAAGAUGCUAGUGUUUCACAUUUUUUCACAUUCUGUGUUUCACAGUUGUUUUGUUAAUUGGCUCUGAAUGAGAGCAAAGAACAUCAGAGAAUAAACAGUUGGUUUUUUUUCCCAA